GUGGGGCGACAUGGGCAACUGGACCAGCCCCCCGGCCAACCCCUUCUCCACUGCUGCCUGGGGGACCGCGAGCAACCGAAGCAACAGCAGCGACACGCCACCCCUCCCGUCCCCUCCAGGCAAGGGGAACAACGACUCAAAUUGCGACUGCCACGCUUGGGACUACGGCAUCCGCACUGGCCUGGUCCAGAACGUGGUCAGCAAGUGGGAUCUUGUGUGUGAUAAUGCCUGGAAGGUCCAUAUCGCUAAAUUCUCCUUGCUGGUUGGAUUAAUCUUUGGCUACCUAAUAACUGGAUGCAUUGCUGACUGGGUUGGUCGGCGGCCUGUGCUGCUGUUUUCCAUCAUCUUCAUUCUGAUCUUUGGACUGACUGUGGCACUGUCAGUGAAUGUGACAAUGUUCAGCACACUCAGGUUCUUUGAAGGAUUUUGCCUGGCCGGAGUCAUCCUCACCUUGUAUGCAUUACGAAUAGAGCUGUGCCCUCCAGGAAAACGGUUCAUGAUUACCAUGGUGGCAAGCUUCGUGGCUAUGGCAGGCCAGUUCCUCAUGCCGGGGCUGGCUGCGCUAUGCCGGGACUGGCAGGUGCUUCAGGCCCUCAUCAUCUGUCCCUUCCUGCUCAUGCUGCUCUACUGGUCGAUAUUCCCCGAGUCUCUCCGAUGGCUAAUGGCUACCCAGCAGUUUGAGGCAGCAAAGAAGCUGAUCCUGUACAUCACACAGAAGAACUGUGUGAGCCCUGAGAGUGACAUCAAGGGAGUGAUGCCAGAGCUAGAGAAAGAACUUUCACGGAGGCCCAAGAAGGUGUGCAUCGUGAAGGUGGUGGGGACGCGGAACCUGUGGAAAAAUAUCGUGGUUCUAUGUGUGAACUCGCUGACAGGGUAUGGAAUCCACCAUUGCUUUGCAAGAAGCAUGAUGGGCCACGAGGUGAAGGUGCCACUCCUGGAGAACUUCUACGCUGACUACUACACCAUGGCCAGCAUCGCACUGGCGUCCUGCCUGGCCAUGUGUGUGGUAGUCAGGUUCCUCGGGCGCAGGGGAGGGCUGCUGCUCUUUAUGAUCCUUACCGCCCUGGCCUCACUUCUGCAGCUUGGGCUCCUCAACUUGAUCGGCAAAUACAGCCAGCAUCCAGACUCAGGGAUGAGUGACAGCGUCAAGGACAAGUUCUCCAUCGCAUUUUCCAUCGUGGGCAUGUUUGCAUCCCAUGCAGUGGGGAGCCUCAGCGUGUUCUUCUGUGCAGAGAUCACCCCCACAGUGAUAAGGUGUGGUGGGCUGGGGCUGGUGCUGGCCAGUGCAGGCUUCGGAAUGCUGACAGCACCCAUUAUUGAGCUGCAUAACCAGAAAGGCUACUUCCUGCACCACAUCAUCUUCGCCUGCUGCACGCUCAUCUGCAUCAUUUGCAUCCUCCUGUUGCCCGAGAGCAGGGACCAGAACCUGCCCGAGAACAUCGCCAAUGGGGAACACUACACAAGGCAGCCAUUGCUGCCACACAAGAAGGGAGAACAGCCACUGCUGCUCACCAACGCGGAGCUCAAGGACUACUCCGGCUUGCACGAUGUGGCUGCAGUGGGUGAUGGGCUACCAGAGGGGGCCACUGCCAAUGGCAUGAAGUCCAUGUAG